ACAAUUUUUUAAAAUGAAUUUAUCAGAUUAUAUUCGGUCAAUCUUCUUUAAAGUCAAUAUUAAUAAUGAACGACAAAGAACAUUUGUUCUUAACCUAUGUACAAAAUUUUUGUCUUCAGAUACCCGUUCUUUUGGAAUUCAAUCUAAUGAUCUUAGUCGUUUUGAAAUUGAUGAAUUGUAUAAAUUAGUAUUUCGAUCAAAUGAUGUCAAAAUGUAUUUUUCUCCUAAUUCUUUUAUAACUUUUAACAUAAUUCAAUAUUCAUUAGCGAGUAUUUUACCAAUUUGUAAAGUAUGGUUUCAACCUUAUGUUGAAAGUUUAAGGAGAUUAGACAAAGAAAAAAGAAGAGAAUGGAACCAAAAUAGUAACAUGAAUAAUCAAGUAGAUAAUAUGAAGAAUGAUUUAAUUAAUAAUAUUGGUCAAAUUUUACCUGGUUUUAAUUAUCUUAUUGAUUUCAAUUGGGAUGUUUAUGAGAAUCAUCGACAUCAUGAAGUUGGUGAUUUGGUUUUUGGAUCAGAUUAUGGUGUUAUUAUUGUUAUUGAAACUAAGUGGUUUAAUACUGAUACUUUAAGCAAAGCGCAAGUAAACGCUAGAAAAAAAGCUAGAAACCGAGUUAGAAAGUAUAGAGGAUACGCGCAAGAAAAAUUUAUUGCAGUAAAAGCAAUUGGGGCUGUUUUUACAAAUGAUACAGGAAAUUCCAUUCAGUUUGUAGAUGAUCAAGAUGCGGGAAUCGCCAAAAUUAUUGAAAUUCAUACUCAAUAUCUUUAUAAUUUCGACCGUGAAGAAUGGGAAGAAAGUCCAGAAAAACGGGGAAUAUUAAAAACCAUUCUAUAUUAUAUUAUAAUAGUAUUAUUAGUCAUUGUUGCUGUAAUUGUAGGUUUAGCUAUUUUAACCGUUCCAUAAUCAAAU